UAUACUAUUCCUCUCUUAGUCUUACUUAGCACCCUUUGACCCCGUGUCUCAAACAACCAUCUAUAUUCCUAUAUAUAAACAAAUCCACACAACUCAACAACUACAAAUCCUCCUUCAACACAAACAACACAACAACAACAACAACAACAAAAAAGUCAAAAACAAAAACAUGGUUUUAUCAUGGACAAAAGGUAGUAGAGUUUUCCGUCGUGCAAGAAAAGGCAAAGAGUUAUUAUCAAACUCAUGCAACGAUCUACAAGUGGAGAUAGCGAUUCCAACUCAUUUCCGUUGCCCGGUGACACUAGAUUUAAUGAAAGAUCCCGUUACACUUUCGACCGGCAUAACCUACGACAGGGACAGCAUCGAGAAAUGGAUCGAAUCUGGUAACAAAACAUGUCCGGUUACGAAAACCGAGUUAACGUCCUUCGACAUCAUUCCAAAUCACUCCCUUCGUAGAAUGAUUCAAGAUUGGUGCGUUCAACACCGUUCCUAUGGAGUUGAAAGAAUCCCAACACCUCGUAUCCCCGUUUCUGCGUACCAGGUUAAAGACACGUGUACGAGGAUCCUGUCGGCGGCGCAAAUGGGAGACGAGAACAAGGUUAUUGAACUGGUGAAGAAGAUAAAGGGUUGGGGAAAAGAGAGUGAGAGGAACAAGAAAUGUAUAGUUUCAAAUGGUGCUGCUCUUGUUCUUUCGAAUGUUUUUGAUUCUUUCUCACGUGGUUCUAUUGAGAAGAAUUUUGUUGUUUUGGAAGAGAUUUUGGAGGUGCUGACGUGGAUGCGUCCUAUUCCUGAAGAGGGUAGAUUUCUCUAUUUGGGAUCUUCAAAUUCUUUGAGUUGUUUGGUUUGGUUCUUAAAUGAUAAACAACAAACUUCAACUAGACAAAGUGCUUCUUUGUUGCUUAAGGAAAUUCAUGUUGACUCAUUGGUGAAAGUUGAAGGAAUAGUUGAAUCUUUGGUGAACAUGGUUAAGGUUAAUGUCGGUGAUGUUUCUACGAAAGCAUGUUUGUCAACAAUUUUCCACUUGGUUUACUCAUCAAAGAGUAAAAAAGUGAUUAUAGAGAGGUUUGUUGAACUGGGUUUAGUUUCAAUUUUAUUGGAGAUUCUAGUUGAUGCUGAAAAAGGGAUAUGUGAGAAAGCUUUAGGCGUGUUGAACUGUCUUUGCGAUAGUGAAAAUGGGGUGCAAAUAGCAAAGUCAAAUGCUUUGACUUUGCCUCUUGUUAUCAAGAAGCUUUUGAGGGUUUCUGAAUUGAGUUCAAGUUUUGUUGUUUCUAUUGUUUACAAGAUUUGUGAUGAGGCUGAAGAAGGUGUUUUAAUUGAGGCAAUUCAAGUUGGGAUGUUUCAGAAACUACUUGUUUUGUUGCAAGUGGGUUGUGCUGAUAGUACAAAGGAGAAAGCUACUGAGUUGUUGAAGUUAUUGAAUGGUUAUAAGAGCAAAGCAGAGUGUGUUGAUUCAUCAUUGGAUCUCAUGCAUCUAAAGAAGCCAUUCUAAUUUGAUUUAUCCAUGAAGAUUAGAUUUGAAUUCAUUUCCAUUUUUUUUUCAUUUGUAUAUAGGUAUUGUUGUCUUAAACAGAAUAUACUCUUGUACAAAGUUACACAGUCACAUACACAAGAACACAAAUUGUAUCUCUAACAUUCAAUUGAACUUAUGAAAUUCAAUUUUUUUU